AUGCUAUUCAAACAGCAGGCACUGCUGAGACAGAAGCUCUUCGUUCUGGGCAGCCUCGCUAUCGGGAGUCUCCUCUAUCUUGUGGCCAGGGUCGGGACCUUGGAUAGGCUGCAACCCAUUUGCCCCAUAGAGAGCAGACCGGCCUCUCCUGAGCCAGAGCAAAUCCCGCUUCGCACGCUGCAGUUCAAGCGCGGCCUGCUCCACGAGCUACGCAAGGGCAAUGCCACCAAAGAGCAAAUCCGCCUGCACAACCUGGUGCAGCAGCUGCCGCGGGCCAUCAUCAUCGGGGUGCGCAAGGGCGGCACCCGAGCCCUUUUGGAGAUGCUCAACCUGCACCCGGCGGUGGUCAAGGCCUCGCAGGAGAUCCACUUCUUCGACAACGACCAGAACUACGCCCGGGGCAUGGACUGGUACAGGGGCAAAAUGCCUUUCUCUUUCCCCCACCAGAUCACUAUCGAGAAGAGCCCGGCGUACUUCAUCACGGAGGAGGUGCCCGAGCGCAUCUUCAAAAUGAACUCCUCCAUAAAGCUGCUCAUCAUCGUGCGCGAGCCCACCACGCGAGCCGUGUCGGACUACACGCAGGUGCUGGAGGGCAAGGAGCGCAAAAACAAGACGUACCACAAAUUUGAGAAGCUGGCCAUUGACACCAACACCUGUGAGGUGAACACCAAGUACAAGGCGGUGCGGACCAGCAUCUACACCAAACACCUGGAGCGCUGGCUCAAGUUCUUCCCCGUGGAGCAGUUCCACAUCGUGGACGGCGAUCGCCUCAUCGCCGACCCGCUGCCGGAGCUGCAGCUCGUCGAGCGCUUCCUCAACCUGCCCUCCAGGAUCAGCCAGUACAACCUGUACUUCAACGCUACCAGGGGGUUUUACUGCCUGCGAUUUAACAUUGUCUUCAACAAGUGCCUGGCGGGCAGCAAGGGGCGCAUCCAUCCCGACGUGGACCCGUCCGUGGUGGCGAAACUGCAGAAGUUCUUUCACCCCUUCAACCAGAAGUUUUACCAGAUCACCGGCAGGACAUUCGACUGGCCGUGA